AUGAGCAAUCAAGCUGAAUCCUCAGAUUCUAAGGGUGCGAAGAGGGAUUUCAGUACGGCGAUUUUGGAAAGGAAAAAGGCGGCGAAUAGGCUGGUAGUGGACGAGGCUGUUAACGAUGAUAAUUCCGUGGUGGCUCUCCACCCUGAUACUAUGGAAAAGCUUCAGCUUUUUCGAGGAGAUACCAUCUUAAUCAAGGGUAAGAAAAGAAAGGACACAGUUUGCAUUGCACUUGCUGAUGACACUUGUGAUCAACCAAAGAUUCGGAUGAAUAAGGUUGUGAGAACCAACCUCAGGGUUAGGCUUGGAGAUGUGGUUUCUGUUCAUCAAUGUGCUGAUGUCAAGUAUGGGAAGCGUGUCCACAUUCUUCCCGUGGAUGAUACCAUUGAAGGUGUUACUGGAAACCUGUUUGACGCUUACCUAAAACCAUAUUUUCUUGAGGCAUACCGACCGGUAAGGAAGGGCGACUUUUUUCUCGUAAGGGGAGGAAUGAGAAGUGUAGAAUUUAAAGUUAUUGAGACUGAUCCUCCUGAGUACUGUGUUGUCGCCCCCGAUACUGAGAUAUUCUGUGAGGGAGAGCCUAUCAGAAGGGAGGACGAGGAUCGGUUGGAUGAGAUUGGCUAUGAUGAUGUUGGUGGUGUACGUAAACAGAUGGCGCAGAUUCGGGAGUUAGUGGAGCUGCCACUCAGGCACCCACAGCUUUUUAAAUCAAUUGGUGUCAAACCUCCUAAAGGAAUACUGCUUUAUGGACCUCCAGGAUCUGGGAAGACAUUAAUCGCCCGAGCUGUUGCUAAUGAAACUGGUGCUUUCUUCUUCUGUAUUAAUGGACCAGAAAUUAUGUCAAAAUUGGCUGGAGAAAGUGAAAGCAAUCUCAGAAAAGCAUUUGAGGAAGCUGAGAAAAAUGCACCAUCAAUCAUAUUUAUCGACGAGAUUGAUUCAAUUGCUCCCAAGAGAGAGAAGACUCAUGGAGAGGUUGAGAGGAGGAUUGUUUCCCAACUCUUGACGCUGAUGGAUGGACUCAAAUCUCGUGCUCAUGUUAUUGUAAUGGGUGCCACAAAUCGCCCUAAUAGCAUUGACCCUGCCUUGAGAAGGUUUGGGAGAUUUGACAGGGAAAUUGACAUUGGUGUUCCAGAUGAAAUUGGGCGUCUUGAAGUUCUUCGUAUACAUACCAAGAACAUGAAGCUUGCUGAAGAUGUUGAUUUGGAAAGAAUUUCCAAAGACACACAUGGUUAUGUGGGUGCUGAUUUGGCAGCUCUGUGCACUGAGGCUGCCCUUCAAUGCAUUAGGGAGAAGAUGGACGUCAUUGACUUGGAAGAUGAUACCAUUGAUGCAGAGAUACUCAACUCCAUGGCGGUUACUAAUGAGCACUUCCAGACUGCUCUUGGAACUAGCAACCCCUCUGCUCUACGUGAAACAGUUGUUGAGGUACCCAAUGUUGGUUGGGAAGAUAUCGGAGGCCUCGAGAAUGUCAAACGUGAGCUCCAAGAGACUGUUCAAUAUCCAGUGGAGCAUCCUGAGAAGUUUGAGAAGUUUGGCAUGUCACCUUCAAAGGGAGUUCUUUUCUAUGGCCCCCCGGGAUGUGGAAAGACUUUGCUGGCCAAGGCUAUUGCCAAUGAGUGUCAGGCAAACUUCAUCAGUGUCAAGGGUCCUGAAUUGCUCACUAUGUGGUUUGGAGAGAGCGAGGCCAAUGUUAGAGAAAUUUUCGACAAGGCUCGCCAAUCUGCUCCUUGUGUCCUAUUCUUUGAUGAAUUGGAUUCUAUUGCUACCCAGAGAGGAAGCAGUGUAGGAGAUGCUGGAGGUGCUGCUGACAGGGUAUUGAAUCAACUUCUAACAGAAAUGGACGGAAUGAAUGCAAAGAAAACUGUCUUCAUUAUUGGUGCCACGAACAGACCUGAUAUAAUUGAUCCUGCACUUCUUCGUCCUGGACGUCUUGAUCAAUUGAUUUACAUCCCUCUCCCUGAUGAGGAGUCGCGCCUACAGAUUUUUAAGUCUUGCUUGAGAAAAUCCCCUCUUUCCAAAGAUGUAGACCUGACAGCCCUUGCCAAGUACACUCAGGGUUUCAGUGGUGCUGACAUUACUGAAAUAUGCCAACGUGCAGUCAAAUAUGCUAUCAGAGAGAACAUCGAGAAAGAUAUUGAGAGGGAGAAGAGAAGAAGUGAGAAUCCCGAGGCCAUGGAGGAGGAUGUUGAAGAAGAAGUGGCAGAGAUUAAACCUGCUCAUUUUGAAGAAUCGAUGAAGUUUGCCCGGAGGAGUGUCAGUGAUGCUGACAUUCGCAAGUACCAGGCAUUUGCUCAGACGUUGCAGCAGUCAAGAGGGUUCGGAACUGAAUUCCGAUUUGCUGAGACCAAUGCCGGUGCUACUGGGUCCGAUCCUUUUGCUGCUUCUGCUGGUGCAGCUGAUGAAGAUGACCUAUAUAGUUAG